CUUCACCAGAAAAAAAAAAGGAUAAGUAGGUAUUAUAGCACAGCGAAUGAAUCACAACAUAGUCAUUUACCAGUGUUUUGAGCGGGGACUGUCUGGAAGAUAAACGAAAAUUUCCAUGAAAGUUCUUACGACUUUUCUUCUCUUUUCAUCGUCAUUAAAAAGCGAGAUGACCAUCCAAUAUGAAUCCCAAAUUCUUCAUUUUCACUCACUAUUAGAAUUACAAAGUUAUGGCAGAGUCCAAUGUUGCAUCAGCUGUUCAGUGGAUUGGCUCUAUAUUGAUCCAAGAAGCAAGCUCAUUAUUCCAUGUUGCAGAUCAAGUACGAGGCCUGCAGCAGGAGCUUGAGUUGAUGCAGCAAUACCUUAAAGAUGCUGAUACUAAGCAAGAAAGCGGAGAAAUUCACACACUAUUACGUCAUAUUAGAAAGCUUGCCUAUGAUGCCGAGGAUGUAAUUGACAAUUACAUCGUGAACAUUCAAGCAAAAUCUGAAGAGAGCUAUAGAACUUUUAUCAUGAAAAUGGCAUGUUUCAUGUAUAGUGCUCCAAAGAACUAUGAAAUAGGGAAGCUAAUACAAGAGACACAAGACAAAGUGAAGGAAAAAAUUGAAGAAUUAAAUAAUUCGGGAUUAAGAAGAAUCCCUGCGCUUUUAGAAGAUUAUAGACACCCCCGUCGUAGGAUGCCACAACGACGAAGUUACUAUUACGAUGACAACUUUGAUUAUGUUGUGGGCCUAGAGAAUGACAUGCAAAAGCUAAUGUUAGAAGUGCUUAUUGGUGAAGGGAGCACCCAUUUAAAAGUCCUUGCCAUUGUUGGAAUGGGUGGUUGUGGGAAAACUACCUUGGCAAGGAAGCUAUAUAAUCAUCCAAGUAUCAAAAAGUGCUUUAUGAAUUGUAUGGCAUGGGUAUCCGUAUCUCAAGAAUGGGACACUUCGCAUGUUCUGUCUGAAAUUUUGAGGAAGGUGGGUGGUCCUAGGGAGACUUCUGAAAUGCAUGCUAAAUUGAAUGUGGAGGAACUCAUGGACAGACUCUAUAACAUUCUUAAAGAGAAGCAAUACUUGGUAAUCCUGGAUGAUGUAUGGAGGCAGGAGGCUCUUGAACAAAUACUUCCAGCACUUCCAUGGGGUAGUAUGAAUAGCAGAAGUAAGAUUAUCAUCACAACUCGUAAUAGAAAAAUUAUUAAGGGCCAAAAUUUCCAGAAACAUUUGCAUAUCCAUGAGCCACAACCUUUAAGUGAAGACGAGGGUUGGGAUUUACUAAGUAAGCUCGCCCUUAGUCAUCAUAGAAAUUGCAGCAUAGAAAGUUUUGAGAGGCUUGGCAAGGAAAUGCUGAAGAAAUGUAGUGGACUUCCCUUGGCUAUAGUUGCAUUAGCUGGCAUUUUAAACACAAGAGAAGGCAUUGGGGAAUGGCAGGUUGUGAGUGACACUGUGCGAUCACGAGUAAUGGAGGGUACAAGUACCUCCACGGAUACUUGUACAAGCGUACAAGAUUUGUUAUCUCUGAGCUAUGAGGAUUUACCUUAUGAUUUGAAGCCGUGCUUUCUUUAUCUUGGUGUAUUUCCAGAAGACUGUCGAAUUGCAGCUGGAAUGCUCACUCGGAUGUGGAUAGCUGAAGGUCUUGUUGUUGCUCAUGGAGAGAUGUGCCCUGAAGAUGUUGCAGUGCAGUGUUUAGAAGAUUUGAGCCACCGGUUCAUGAUCCAGGUUGUACGGACCAACUAUAAGGGAGCCAUAAAGGUAUUGCACUUGCAUGAUCUUUUGCGUGAUCUUUGUCUCAAAAAAGCUAAGGAAGAGAGCUUUCUUCAAGUAUAUCCACGUAUAAGAGAUCAAGCUACUACCAAUGCAUCCAUGUUACAUAUUCAACCACGCAGGGCUGCUUUUCACUCCAGCAUCACAUUUCCUACACAUGUUUCGAAUCUAAGGUCACUUAUAUUGCUGACAAGAUCUAGCACAUUACAGAAUACCUAUGUAUCCAAGAAUUUAGAUUCAGGUAUUGCACACCACAAUAUCAAGUUGCUCAGAUUGUUGAAUCUUUGGGGGAUUAAGAUUGCUUCUGGUACCUUACCUGCGCAAAUUGGGAACCUCAUUCACUUGCGUUAUCUUGGAUUUCGAGCCUCAAAUAUUGUAAAACUUCCCACUUCGAUUGGAAAUUUGAGGAAUUUGUUGACUUUAGACUAUAGGAAUAUUGACUUUGAUAACAAUGUUCCUGUCCAACUUCCCAAUAUCUUUGGGAGGUUGGUGUUACUUAGGCAUCUAUAUUUGCCUGUUGAUUCUCCUUGGAAACUAAAAGAAUUGCAGUUGAGUUCUAUGCCAAAUUUGCAAGUUUUGUGGGGUGUAAAAUGUAGUGGAGAACACGAUUGGUUUUCAAGAGAGGUUCCGAAACUAAGCAGUGGCUUGAAGAAAUUGAAGGCAGUAGUGACAACAGAAAAGGAUUUAAAGGCCGCCUUUAAUUGCCCAAGCUUAACAUCUGGUCAGCUUCAUACAUUUCACUGUGAGUGGAGUGGAGUAGCCUUACAGCUUGCAAACCCCAUCUUCUCUCACAACCAACACCUACACAAGUUGGUGUUGGUCGGAAAACUGCGGGUCAACAGAUUGUCAUUUGUAUUGCCUUCUUACCUUGUGGUUUUAGAGUUGAAGGAUAGCAUUAUUGAACUUGAGGACCCCAUGGUAGCCAUUGGCGCAUUGACCCACUUGAAGCUUCUGAAAUUGUCAAAUUCUUACUCAGGGACUGCAUUUAUCUGCAAUUAUAGCUCGUUUCCUGCGCUUGAAGAACUCUACUUGGCAAAUCUUCCAAAAUUGAACGUGUGGGAAGUACAGUCUGGAGCACUGCCGUGUAUCAAGAAGUUAGUAAUUAUAAAGUGUGGAAAGCUUCACAUGUUUCCUCUUGGUUUGCCAUUUGUUGCCACCCUUCAACUACUUGAGUGUUUUGGAGUUCCUCAAGAAUUUGUCCAAAAAGCAGUGGAAUGUGGAUGGUCAAGACAAAUUCUUAAGCUUCCUCAUAAUUUUGAGGCCAUCAUUGAACAGUCUGACAUUCCUGUUGACUUCUUUUCUGUUAGCAAGCUCUAUGAACAGCUCAGUGUCGGAGUAUUCUUGAAUAAUAAAACGCAGAAAUACUGGGUUGUGAAGCAAAAUGAUCGAUACUACAACUGCUUUAUGUUUUAUGCAACAUACCUCCAUUUGACUGAGUGUGAUCCAUUCACCCUUCAUUCUUUGGAUAAUUGUUGGGAAUGGACUUCAAUUGAAGAAAGCGAGGGUGUACUGAUAAAUGUUGGAAAAAUAAAGCCACGAGCUUUCAGUGACAAGUUUUUCUAUGUGGAAGGGGAUUUUGAUGCAGGAAAUCUUUCCCCAGAAAUCACAUAUGAAAUUACAUUUAUCAUAAAGUUUCCUCUAACAGCAUCUGAAAGGUGUCUAAGGGGUGUACGGUCUUAUUUCUCCUACGCUUCUGGAAAUUCCAAUGUGCAGGAACUCAAUUUGCAUGACAAGCCAAGAGAUGAGUGGAUACAACUUGCUAUUGGUGAAUUCAUGACAUCCCCUGCGAGUGUUGAACAGACUCUAAUCUUCAGAUUAGCAGGAAUCGAGCCUGGCUUUGAAAUUCAAGGUGUUGUUAUCGAGCCCAAAACUGUGAAAACCUGACUUAUUUAUAGCUGGUUGUCGGUUUCAAACAAGCACAAAGAGCCCCUUUUUACCUUUUUUUCAGUUACCUUAGAACUUGGAAGGGUACUCUUGCUGCUUGCACCUUUUCUUAAAGCUUUUCGGUAAGCACUAGUGCUGGCUUCUGUCAUUGAUGGUGUCAGAUUUCUAUUGUGGUGCUGAAGCUUGUCAGAAGCGGCUGUUUUAGGCUGUUUCUCGACUUCUGUGACUGUAUUUUGGGUUUGCACUUUUAACGGAAUGGUGUAUCGAUUAGAGGCUAACAUAGGAGCUGUCAUUUUAUGGGCUCAUGGGAAACUUGGUAAGCCAAUUUUUGUAUGAUAUUUGUUGAUCUCAAUCUUUUGGGAUUAAGACUUUGACUUUGGUA